AUGGCUCAUCGGGGGAAGGCUAAGAUCCAAUGGAUCGCCGACGCAGCGAAGCGCAAGGCAACAAUGAGGAAGGGUCUACUCAUGCUUGCAAACAAGGCUCAAGAGCUUGCGAUUCUUUGUGACAUCCAAACUUGUCUCUUGUGGUACCUUCCUGGCGAGGCCCAGAUGGAAGUGCUCUGGCCAUCGUUGAAGGAAGCUAAAGAGAUCCUGCAGUGGUAUGACGAGAGGCUCGAAUCAAAAAAUUCCAAGAAUAAGAAGGAAGACACAAGCUUCAUCCAAGAGAUAUUCAACAAGGGGAAGGAAACGUUUUUGGAAGUCCAGUGGCAGAACUGUGACCUGGGGAUCAAGGAUGUGCUCAGUGACCUCUUCGUCAGCGACCAUCGGGGCCUUGAUGACAUGCCUGAUCACAUGUCCCUCGUCCUCAAAUGGAGGGUGAAGAAGUACCUCAUGGAUGUCAACACACGCCUCGAGAAACUCCGUUCAGGCUCCGCACAUGCAUUGCAUCUAUCACAACAGCAAAGCCUUGACACUGGCUAUGCUGCCACCUCGUAUUGCAUAGGUGAACAUCACUCCAGUGCUGCCAAAGACCGAGGUGAUGUCAAUGGUUGA